AUGGCGUCCACUAGUCCUCUGGAACUGACGGUCUUGGAGAGUCAUCUGGGGUCCAGCCAGGGAGCGAGGCAAGGGAAGCCUUUAGCACCACGGACAGCGGCCGGGCCAGGCAUUGAGAAUGCCUCUUACCAGAGGGAGGAAGAGGAAGAGGAGGAAGAGAAGGAAACUUCUUUCCAGAGAGGACCAGGGAACCCCAAGGAACAUCCACCACCUCCCGCCGAUGACCUUUCUCCGAGGUCAGAGGAUACGCCACUGUCAGACCCAACCGGGAACUCGGUGGACUACGGCUUCAUUUUGGCCCUGGUGUUCCUGGUGGGUGGGAUUUUGCUGGUGAUCGUGGCUUACAGCAUCCCGCGGGAGGCUCGGGUGAACCCAGACACGGUGUCCGCCCGGGAGAUGGAGAGACUGGAGAUGUACUAUGCCCACCUCAGCUCCCAUUUGGACAAGUGCAUCAUCGCGGGCUUGGUCAUGUUGACUUUGGGCGGGAUGCUCCUCUCCGUGCUCUUGAUGGUCUCCAUGUAUAAAGGGGAGCUCUAUAGGAGGAGGACAUUCCCAGUGUCCAGAGGGCCACGAAAGACCUAUGGGUCAAUCAACCUGAGGAUGAGGCAGCUCAACGGGGAAGGAGGGCAGGCUUUGGUGGAGAACGAGGUCAUUCAGAUGACCGAAAUGACCAACGCCACGCAGAGCUGCUGA